AUGCCUCCCUCACGCCUUGCUCCUCCCGGUCCGGUUGCGCGGCCGCGGUUCCGCGGGGAGGGUACGGCCGCGGCAUCUCCGCGGGCAGCGAGCGUGUCUGAGCGCCGGCAGCUCCGCUCGGCUGUUGUGUCUUUGUACGUUUUGUUUGGGCGGCAGCUGAAGCCCGCGGCGCUCAGCGCGAUCCUGGGCCGGAGAGGCGGCACUGCGAGCGGGGCGCUGGGCCGGGAGCAGCUUCCAGAGGAGCCUUUUGCCUUGGCUGGGCGGGCAGGAGCGCAUCCCCCGAGGGCGGGAGCGCCAGGGUUGGCAGCGCGGUGCCCCGCGGGGCGCGGCCGGGAGGGGCCGGGUUGGCAGCGCGGUGCCCCUCGGAGGGCGGCCGGGGAUCGGGGUUGGCAGCGCGGUGCCCCUCAGGGAGCGGCCGGGGUUGGCAGCGCGGUGCCCCUCAGGGAGCGGCCGGGGUUGGCAGCGCGGUGCCGGGCGCGGCCCCUCCCUCCCUCCCUCCCCGGUGUGUCGGCGCUGUCCGCGGUGCUGAAGCCGGCCGCGGCCAUGUUCCUGCCGUGUGCCGGCCCCGGCUGCCCCCGCCGCUCUCGGGCGCUGCAGCGCGCGGGUCACGGCAGCGCUCACCCACGGCCUGUGUGUCAGACACCGCAUCGCGCCGGUGUCGGAUGCUGA